GGGGAAACGUCAAGUGACCAUCGUCCACGAACAUGAUAUGUUUGGUUAUGUUUAUUCAGUAAUGAAAAUAUGGAAACUUGUGUACAAAACAAGAAAUACAUGACCUUUGACCUCAUAUCAGUAUAAAGAGCACAAUCUCAUAUAUGCUUGAAGAAAAUUUGCAACGCUGUCAAUAUCUCGCAAACAUACGCCAGUGGAUAUAUUACAGUAUGGCAUUAGUAGUUCGCACUGCAUACUUUAUCAUUAUGGAACUGAAUAAUCGAUGAAAAAAAAUACAGAAGCCAUGGAGACGGACACGGAAAACGAGGAAAAAGCCGUUCUUGAAGCAGAAACGGUCUACCUGCUCAUGAAAAAGGGUUUUCCAAUUUCGAGAAAUGUCCGUGCUCAAUGGAUGCUGGAGCAUUUAAAUACCACGAUAACAAUACAGCGACCCGGAGCCAAUAACGAGGAAACACCAGAGCUGGAAAUAAUCUCUGUACUACCUGUUGAACAGCCGCCGUCAUGGCGAGGAGAGACGAGCUAUCGGUACCAGUACAAAAUAACAACAAACACGUCGCUCGUUUUCUUAGCUCACAAGUAUAGAAUCGUAAUCAGUCUCGAUUUGAGCCCCUCACUUUCCACUGUUGACAUUCAACACGGUGAAAUAGUGAUGGACGAAAUUUACAUGGCUACCAAACGGUGCCUGGAGGGCAUAACGCGACCAUUUGUGGUACCCGGAAGUGAGCGUGUGAUGAGGCCUGAGAUAUAUGUGACUGUGAUAGCGCACACCCCAUUUUUUACAAGUCCUGCGCAGCAAGUUUUGGUCCAAGGUUGGCUGCUGAACAUGGAAAAUGUGGCGUUGCUUACACGUUUCGUUGAGAAGCAAUUGAACAUUCUUGAAGAAAGGGUAGCUCUGGUCACGGCCAUAGCUAAUCAACAGCUGGAAACACUAAGGUCCGAGAGCGAGCGGCUAGUAGGUGGUCUCUUCGAGGAAGGAGGCACAUGUGCGGGUCAGAGUAACAGCAACUCCAUAACGAAUAUAUCAAUGGUAUCUCCGGAAGCCAGUUUCAUCAAUAUGCUGCGGUAUGGAAUGCUCGCUCUCGCCCUUCUCCCAGAAUGUAGUUGUGCUAAUCUGGUUGUGGUGUCGGAUGGUAUUGUAGGGGUGACCGAUGUGCAUGUUCUGGACUCUCUUGUACAGCAGUUGCGUGCAUCAACAGUGGCGUGCAGUUUUUUGCACGUGGGAAGCACCUAUCACCCUCAUUGCUCAAAUGCUCUAGUCCCAUACCAAGACCUGCUCCAUUUCCUGGCAACAGCUACUUUAGGCACUUACAUGACAUUCGUACCGCAGGCCAAUUUCGACGAAGAAGCAAGGAUGAAUGUUUAUCAUAGGAAUUUUUUAUGCUGGCAACUAUAUCGAACCGCGUCGUGUGAUCCGUCCCAAAUGCAGCCUAGGCCGAACGACUGGCAUACCAGCAAUCCAUCGUUUCACGGAAACAGGCCGCCGCAAUUGCUCAGAAAGAAACAGAUAGACGACAAAGUUACUUGCACCUUGAGCAGCCUUUUGUGCUGUCGACUGCGCGAAGGAUAUCUGAUCAAGCGUGUCGGACUGAGAGACAAUUGCUUGGAAUUGUGCUUUGUUCUGCCUUGGAAGACUCACGUGUUUUUGGAAUAUUUGAUCAGUUGUUCGUGGCCCUCAAAACUGCUGCCUGUAUCCAACACUAUACAUUACACCAUUACCAUUGAGGCACCGUACGAAUUCCUUCACGACAUUACCUGUGUAUCGAAAAAGCCCAUCAAGUCGCAAUACCGCCAGAGUGUUGUUUCCAGAUUUUGGGGAGCUCUCGCUUCUUUGACAGAUAGUGACGACAUGUUAUCCCACUUCAGUUGGUUUCCUGGCUCAGGUUGGACUUGGUACAACGUCCCUGACACAAUCAGAAGCGGGAUGCCUGUUUUCUACUUGCCCACUUAUCCGUUAAACAAUUCCGUAUUGUUGAGCGACCCAGCUUGUUCAUUGUUUGGACAAAUUUGGCGACCGGUCGUUCUUCUCGAUCCGUCGCAAUGGUCACGUUGGAUGCAUUCCCAAAGAAUUGCUCUGGUACUCUCUCACGACAGACCAUUGCCACGUCAUCUUCACCUGGCUAAUCAGAGCGGAAGGUUCCAAAGUGUUCAGUGUCGGCAAGCCGCGGCUGUUUUAUACGCGAUGCUGAAAAAUUGGGCGACAUUCGUGCUCGUCGAAUAUCACACAUAUGUGCAAUUCAUAUUCAAGGAAAUUGACAAGCCACCGGUGUCGUUUUCGUUAAUACGAGUCACCUGCAAGCCCCCCUGUGUAGUACUGAAUAUAGCUUUCGCUGGCGGGACAGAAGGCGUCAUUCGGCACAACGUGGUCGUCGAUUUACUCGAAUGCUUGUCAAGAUUGACGCUGCCCAACCGACCAACCGAGCAGAGGGAAACUCCGUGCUGCAUCAUCCUCAGCAAACCUUUGGAGCGAAUUUUAAUCAGAUACGAACGCGUGCCGACUGACCUGAACACCGUCAUUUUCCCGGAUGGCACGCAGCCUAUUCCUGCCAGAUUUUCACCCGUUCCUGGCGGCUGCUUGAUCACUACUUUGUCGAGGUAUCUCUAUCACAGCAGGUGGUUAUGGGCUGUAAAGAAACCAGUGAUUCAAACAGUCCCGAACGUCGCCUGGCCCAGGCUAAACGUCACCGCAAUUGCCAGGAUACUAUCGACAAUUACAAAGAUGAGGCUCACGGAAGGUUUUAGUUUCGCCCAUUCGGCUGCUGGAAUAAUCAAUAUGGUGCUCGAGGUGCAAAUGCAAGGACCUGCCAACGAUAAUGCAAUGCAUCCUUGCGUCAUUCAGUACAUUCUGUUUCCGCCUCAUACGAUAGCGCCGCCCUCGUCCGAGCGAGACAGUGGAUCAGAAGAAGACACCGACGAAGGCACCGGAGACGGAGAAGCUGGAACCGACGAUGUGGAAGGUUGCGGUGACUUCCAAAUAGUUACAGAAGUCUGGAUCGAGCCUCAAUGCGGCCACACGAUGCUUCCUAUACAACAAACAGCCGCAUACAUGCACGCCUUGCAAUAUCGCCAGAUACCGGAUGCGAUAGCUCAAGUUGACGAAGAAUGCAUUAACGCGCUUCUGACUCUGGAACAGUUGAAUUUAUUAAGUCAAAUGGUUUUAAACGAGGCAAUUGGCGGAAAUAUUCAAUUAAGCGGAGCUUUGACUGCGAACCAGUUGAAUCAAACUAGCGCCGGAUCAGCAGCUGGCAGAUCAACGAGAAGGCCGAGUCCUGCCGAGUGUAAUCAAGAACUAUCUAAUGCCAAUGAUCGAAUUCGGUCGAUACCGUUCACUUUCGACGUUUUGAACAUCUUGCCCAAGUGCCAGCAAGCAGAGCUCUUGUUUUCCGUAUUCUCUGAUGGACCGAGCGGCGAGGAAAGAGAAGGAGCCAACAAGUGUUUAGUGGAAGGGCUCAUAGAGCACAUUAAGCGGCUUCAUAAUAGAGAAUUGAUAUUUACCGCUGACGAAUCGCAGAGGUUUACCGAAAUGCUGUUAGCACGACCUCGAUACGACGCUCCGGCGCUUAGCAUUUCACCACAUUUAGGCAAAGAACACAUGAAUGGAUCAAUGACAAAUUUUCGAAGACCGACCUGGAGAUGUUUUGUUAAGGGUAUCAGCGUAACCCACGUUAUUAUCACGAUACUUCCCUCGUCGGAAGAAGACUUGCGUUCACUUUACUCCCCCAACGAGCAGAACAACCAGAAUAACAGUCAAACGGAUUGUACGGACGAAAACGAUCCACUACCAAUUAAUACCGGAGAUUAUGAAAAAAAUUUGACUCCUUCGCGAUCCGUAAAAAGCGUAGGUAGUUCUUACGCCUUGGACGUAUGCUCAAAUCUCUCCAGCCCAACAGCGACUAUGCUAAGCACACCGAGGCCCAGCGAACGCUGUGAAUCUGCUCUAAAUAACUUUAAACAAGGACCACCUCUGCCCAUAUACGUCUACGAUUGUCCGUUAGCAAUGCUGAUCGACACUCUGGUCAACAAACUGGACGCUUCGCGGGUCAAAGAUAUUUACCAGGACCACACGUAUAAAGCUGGACAAUUGGUCGGAGAAGAUUUCAUCACCCUGAAAUCAGAGGCCGAUACUAAACCCUCUUCUCCAGAGCCAAAGAGCGACGAUUCUGACAACGUUACGGGAGAUCACAAAAGCAUGAUCGAGCAUUGCAAGCUGCUUCACUUGGCUCAUUGUCAGUGUUACGUUGUCGCUGUGUACAAAUCACUCGCUUCUCAACGUCCGUUGAGUUAUCAAGACAUGGAAGCGGCAGUUGAACAGUGCGAAGAAGCGCUCAUAGAAAUUAACAUAACAAACUAUUUGCGCUCAGUUUGCCGGCAUUUAAGUUCAGCCACUGAAACCGAUCCAGAAUCCUCUAGUUCGGCGCUGUCCUGCAAUGAUGUGCAGCACCUUCAUCAAUUGAUAACAGAAAAGUUUGCCAAAAUAAUGAACAACGCUUUCAGAGCUGUACCGGCUCAUUCGGAAUUUUAUUUCUGCUCUCUACACUGGAAUUUCGACAAAAUGGAGAGAAUGGACCUAUUGAGGUGUGACAGUGAAGAGGACGUGGAAGGACUGGUUUUCCACUCAGAAAUGAUCGAUUGCAAGGCAGACCAUGGAAACGAAAACGGAAAUCAGUUGAACUCGACGUGGCCUGGCGCGAGUCUUCAGGACGGGAGUAAACUUUCCAGUCUAGCGUCGACCCAAUCGUUGAGCUGCGAUUUGAUGGAAGACGACAGUUCUAGUCAAGAACAACCUCUUUUCUUGCAGCUCAGCUGCUCGGUGCAUACGCGAUCCAGUCUAUCGACUACCCCGGUAAAACUGCUGCCGACCUGCUUCACAGAUAUCGUGGAAAAGCUUGAAGCUCCGCUUGAGGAGCAUAAUCCGGCAGAGAUGAAAAUAACCCUGGAUAUAAUAUGCCUCAACCUUCCGAGGGAGGUUCUAGAUGUGAGUCUGGAACGCAGUCCGGGGUUGAGAACAACUUCGUUUUGCAGCGCCUCUUCGGUUGGCAGCACUACGACAAACAGCGAAAGCAGUCCUGAUUACGACACGCAAAUGUCCGGGACCGACGCUUUACAGGAUAGAAUUCAGCAUUUACCCAGAAGACAGCACAACGCAGUCUGCACGUUGGUCGACGAGAUCGAAUGGCUGCUGAGGGACGAAACUGCGACCGCGCUGCUGGAUCAGGACGUUCCUACGGCACAUACCCUGAAUCUUGUCGCGAGGCAUGUUUCCGAAUCCACUGGGAGGCCAAGCUGUUCAACGGAUAAAGUACCGCUGCAGUUUGUCUUUCCAUCUGAACAUUGCAGCCCCAAGUUUCUGGAGGAAUUGAGGAAGUUGGAAAUCGAUCGGUACCGCAUCAACGAGGAAGGCAGUCUCUUUUAUUUUACCAAAAAUAACAACUGCAGUAACGACGCUUUAGAAAUUAACUGCGAGUUGAGUAACCGGGAGGAAAAUGUAGCACCAAACGACGACACGUUCCAGGAAGAUGCAGCAGAACCACAACUACAGGAUAUCGAACCCAGAGUGAGCGGAACGGAUUUUGGAGACCCGCCAGGAUGUCAUUCGGAGAUAUCUAGCGCGGGAGAAGGCCAAACUGGAACCGAUGACGGAUACGAAGGAGAUAGCAGCGAUUCGGAGGACGAUUGCCACUGGUUGGCCGAUCUUGACAAACGACGAAAUCGGAUGCCCAAUUUUUGGCUUAUAUUAAAAGUCGAAGAUAAUUUCGUUUACGUCUACUUUCAUUGCAGGUUCCUGGAACUAGCUUCUCCUGAGGUCGAUCGUUACCGACAAAUCCAGAAGAUGGUGAUGUCAGAAAUAAAGGCAAUAUGCCGACGGGUGAAUCAGUACCUAUUACUGCAAAGCUUGCACGAUACACGAACCUGCGAUUCCUUGCUGGAACCAGAAUCGAACGAAGACUACGUGUGGCGAGGUGAGACGGGCAGUGAGUCAGGCGCCACACACCAAAAUCAAGUUUUCUCGAUCAAUAUGUCGCCAGGCGUGUUCAGGUGCCCGGUAAUAUGGAAAGUCCCAUUCUGCCUUCAUCCGAGGCUGAAAACUGGGCCAGGGAAACCUGGACUUUCUCGCGGAAUAAAAGCUCUCCACGCAGUGUUGAAUCGUUUUUCCGUGAACAAUCGAAGCAACAUGUUCGUCUAUCAGGAAAACAACGAGAACGUGUUUUACCUGAGAUUGCACGAACAGAUAAGCGAGGUCAAACCGCUGCAGAAUAAGCUCUCGGAAAGUCAUGAAAAAUUAGUCGUCUCUAGGAGCAGCAGCAUCACCUCGCUAUCCCAAUCCAAAGGAAAAGAAGGAGAUGUUUUGGGGACGAACGAUACUCGCCCGAGGGUCCGAUCCUUCGGUGAAAAGGAAAGUGACCUACUGAACAAGCCUGACGAUCUGAUAAUCCUCAUGGUUCAUGGGAUUUCUGACGCCGGGCCUGCAGUAAAAUGCGAACUUGUUCAGGUUCUGCAGAAUCGUCUCGACGACGCCGUGCUGGAAGUUUUGUCCAUCAUGCUCGCCAGGAAUCCUGUGUGCAAGUUGACCCCAGCGGACGUGCACUUCAUUCAAAAACAAUACCAGCCCCCAGAGAAUGUCGUACAGUUGUUAGUGCCGCCGCAUUGUCUGCCUCAUAUAGAAGCCUUGGGAUACUACCUGCAGCAAAACCUGCUGCAAUUUUUGCACAAUCCAAAAUACACCGACUCGAAAAACCACAAUCAUUUUCAAGACUACACCAAAGAUUCUAGCAAAAGAGUUCCUGAAUCUGACAUAUUUUUGUACAAUCAAAGCCAGUCCAGCGGCAGUAAAGGAAUCGCUUGCAUAGCCGUCGGGAUCGUCAACUCCAGCGGGGAAUUGAUAACAACAAGUAAACAGGAAUGGCUGGAUUCUGACUUUCCGAAUCCGUUCAAAGUCGAGCAUUUCCAAGGAAUUGUUUCCAGCUCUCUGUAUGACGGCAACUUACAGCCGGAUUUGUCCCCCGAGGCGCUGAUCGAAUUCAGAAUUUGGAAACAAGGCCGUGUCAACUUGGAAUCUUUGACCCAAAAAUUGCGUUCGGCAGCCAGGCAUGCCACUUGGGAUUUAGUCACGGAAUACAAACUCUUGCCCACUGUUCUCAUGGAAGAAUUGCCCAACGAAGUAUCGUUUGAUUGUACAGUAGCGCACAAAGAAACCCAGACGCCAGUGAAGAAUAAACAAUCCAAACCCCCAAUUUCGGACACUAUCCAGCUGAACAGGUACGAGGUAGGCGAAGACGGGAAGCUCCAUGAGGUCUAUCGCACCACCCUGCAUCACUGGUUUCAGUUUGCUCUACAGAUCAACGUACCUGCGGUGAAAAAACACAUAGUCGUCAUGCAAAGGAGACACCCGAUUCCUGUCAUCGCUAAAGAACUGCAGAGCUUGAUUCGCGGUCACGCACCUGACACGUCUUCCAGGCCCUUCGUCUUAUCCAGGCGUCAGCCGUUCAUCGAUACCAGCCCGCCUCACGAAGAGAUUCACAUGACGAAAUCUUUUCACAUGUCAGAAAGCACGGAGAGUGUCAACAGCUCUUGGCUGUCCGUUGUCAAGGAUGAUAAUAGCGACCGAAAUGUAUAUGUACCGUGCGAUUUAACCAGGGAAGAUCAGAGUCCGAUAAAAUGCCUCUUAGUUGCCAGAAAUUUUUAUCAGUGGAAGGCUUCGCACAGCAAAACAAUCGAACCGGAAAUGUUGGUGCCUAAAGAUCAAAAAUUACUCCAGAAAUUCAACCCUCUGAUUUUGGACUCCAGUUUUGUUCCCAGACAACGCCUCCUGCUUGCUAAAAUACAGAGCGAUAACAUUAUUCUCUACAUGUACAACUGGUCGAAGGAACGUUCCGAGAAGUUGACUAAGCAAGUGACGAAUCUUGGCACGUGGCUGUCGUCGAGAUCGAGUUUAUUUACGAACAUAGCGAUGCAGAAACUGGGAAUAUUCCACCAUCAGCCAGCACCGGCUUUCCCUCAGGAGGACAGAAAUCCGUCUUACUAUCAAAUAACCGACAUGGAAACUCUGACGAAGUUUCCAAACGAUUUACACAACGACGGUAAAGAAUGGCCUCGAACCUCGAAUCGCAGCAACCUUGGAAAAGCAACAACCGUGUCAUGGAAUCCUCGCAUCGCUCAAGUCCUUAGGGACGCUAAACCCAGUGGUCCACACCCAGUGAAUAAUGCGACAGAUGCGGUGGUGAGAGCAGCUUAUCGUCUGCAAGACGUGCGUCAGCGAGAAAAAAAAGCCAAAGAGGACUUUAAGUGCCUUGGUGAAAUGUGGCAAAGCCGCGCAGCUACUUCCAAUAUCCCAAUCUCGCAAGCUACUUUAAAUCUGUUCAAGCAGCACUCUCGACUGAUUCAUUACUGCCAUACGCCACUUCUCUUUCUACCGAAAUGGCGACUGCAGUCAGCCGCCAGCAGAGACCAUUCUCUCUCUCAGCCUCCCGCCACGCUACAAUCAAUGGUUCAACAACAGUCUCCUCAGAAUGCUCAGGCUCAAUCCAAAACUGCAAACGUCACUUCCAAUGCAACGAUCACCGAGUGGCAUAGAGAGCUGUGCACCACCAUGUUGAUGGAGUAUAAACAGUAUCUUCAAACCUUGGGAUUCAACUCAGUCAGAGUCGAAUCUUCCAAAAAAGUUAAACAAGGCCAGAAUCUGCAUCACACAUGCUACCUGCAAAAAUCUAUGCUAGGUGGUGUUUUGUUGUUCGAAGUCCUGAUGCGUGAACCGUACUUCAUAGCCAAGGUGCGGGUGAUCGAGUGCAGCAGACUUCAAACAAAAUCAAGCAGUGCUCUGGUAAAUCAGUUUAUGCUCAGUUUCGUCGAUGCCUGUGACAAGGUGAAAAUUGACAUGCAUCUUCAUUCUUUUACGUACGACUUUCACCUGCGCUGUAUCCAUUCGUAUAUCGCUGGGAACGGCUUGUGGUCUCUGCGAGAAGACUAUGACUUGACGCAUUUCUUGGACGAUUUUAUGAAGUACUACAGCAAGGCUCCAAACUACGCUAGAAAUCUCGUCUACAGCGAUACGGUUACUGUGAGUAACUUGGCGACGCCGGCGCGAACCUUGUACUCGUAUCUUCUGUCAAACGAGAAAGCGUGCGGUAUGCAAGUUUUGGGUAUGUCGCGCGAUUCCAACGAAGACAAAGAAAGCGAAUUCGUUUUAGUAAGACUCCAGAGUACCCCUUUGGUCAGUUAUUGCGAUGCGCAGGAUAUGAAACACACCAACGACUUUGAUAUCACUCUAAUAGUAUCGAGGCUGGAGCAGCCACCGAAUUUGGAAAAAUCUGAGAUAACGUUGAAGUACUACUUGAUGCUAACGAGGAAGAGGGAAGUCUACCCGAAGAAGGAGUCCCAGAACAAUAAGCUUGGAAAAUUUCGCACAGUUUAUAGCAUAUCACGAUCGGCCAACAACUCGCACGCCGAGAGUCCAUCAGGCUCCAGUCCAGUCUCGCCUGUACCGUCGCUACAACAUAAAACUUCGAAAACCGAACUGCUGACCAGCUCCGUUGAGUCGAGCGAAACCCAAGAUGGAGCUAGCACGGAACUCGGGGAGCAGCUCAAGACCGACAGCCCAAUUGACGUAAACAAUUCUCUAGCUCCGACUCCCCCACCAGUUCCCAGUUCACCUUUGACCCAAAAUCCAAGCCUUCCUAACGCUCCUGCCACCACGUCGUCGCACCUGGUACAAAUUCGACAGGAGUCCGUCAAUUACUUGGGGUACUAUUCGUCGCACGAACAGCUGAUGCAACAAAUGAUCAUGUCCCAAGCGCACGCAGCAACGGCAAAGAUCACGACUAUGAUAAAAGACGGGGCUCUUCAAUGUCGAACGCAUUUACUCUGGAAUAAACUUCUCGAGAAUAGAUCUGUCAUGAACUAUUUCGAGUUUACCGAACUCUGUACGCUGGCACAGGUUGAACCGCUCUCUAAAAUUGAUCCGAGGCUCAGCCUGUUGCUUAGUCAGCCUUUGACUUGGUACCAGGCUCUUGCCAAAGUCUUGAUGAACAAAUACCAGGAUCAUCAUAAACUCUUCAAUGCACCAGAUGGCAAUGUUAACCAUGUUGUUGUACUUCAUCCGAGUUACCUGCAUGCGUUCAUGAUGCUGACCAUAGAUCUGCACACUUCGCGAGGGGAAUUGUGCGCGGUGUAUAGAAAGCCUGCCGAACUUGUGACCUCUUCGUUUAAUUUGGGCGAUGUGUACAGUUUGAUAGAAGGAUUUGUAAAUGUGUGCUGUUUUCAUUUGUGGAUGGGACUUUGCAGCCAAUAACUCAAGUAUCGUAAUAUUAGAAUUCACUAUGGAAUAGGUAAUAUGAUUGAGCAUUGUACAUAAAGUGGAAGCAGAAAACGAUCGACAGGAUAUUUCUGAUUUUCAGUGUCGAGUAGAUGUAAUUAUUUGAUACCUGUAAAAUUAACAUUAUUAUUAUAAUGAUACUUGCCACUUUGACAAAGAUGUAAUAAUUUAUAUAGGUAUAAGUAUAAUUAGCAUCAACUCUAAAGGGUUAUAAAAAUUUCUGAAGUAAAACAAUCAAAAGAUAGAAGAGAUUAGUAGAGAUUUAUAUUCUUUGUAAAUUAAAAUUGAAAUUAUGUUAGAGAAAUUGCCUCAAAUUCAGAUGCCUAUUAGAAUUCUCGAUAUUUGUUUCUCGCCAUAGAAAAAGACUGUCGUCGUUCUAUUAUUUCUUAUUUAAUUUUUUAAGCAUUUUUAUUGUUUUAUAUAAAAUCGUGGUUUUUUAAAUACAAGCAAUAGUUACAACGAGACUCAAUUUAUAGUAAAUUUCAUUAGUAAUAGAAAAUGUUGGUUACAUUUGCCACUACAUGAAAUUACCAAAAAAAUUUCAAUUAGAAAGCUAUCUUAUGCGGUCUUGUGGUUCAAGUUCUAAGCCGUAAAGUUUACGAAAAUACACCAAAUCAAAGUUUAUUUCAAUUCUACAAGCACGAUAAAAUUUUUUAAUCCGUGUAAUAUACGCACCCAGCUGGAUCAAGUAUUAGUUGAUAUUGAAACUUGAUGAAGAGUUCAUAAAACGAACGUUGAAUUGCAGGAAAAAAUAAUAUAUAAUUUUUAUGAUUUUAAUGCGUACUUACUUUACACCAAAACUAUUCAAUGACAUUUACUUCUGCAAAAUAAUAACUCUACUUACCACUGCCUGUAUAAUUUAAAAUGUAAAUAAUAAAUAUAUAUAUAGGUAUAUAUAUGUAUAUAUAUAUAUAUAUUUGUUU